GAAGUCUCUUCAGUAUCAGACCUUGUCAAAACUGCGCGAGCUCGGAGUGACAGCAUCGAUCUAGGACUCGAUCUUGUCCCCGAAGCAAUCGGUGACGCCCAGCGUUAUGAUCGUGUCACCGGAGCACCUGACCGGAUCCGAAUGGACGUCGUCUCUCUGCGAGCCCUGCCACACUGGACGAUGCUGUUUUACUGGUCAUCCCAGUAA